AUGCAGUUAACGAAUAGCUUGCCUCGAUUCAAUAACUUUAUUCGACGUCUUGGUUAUCCUGGAAAGUUCGGGAGUCCCUAUCCUCAAUCUGUCGUCUCGCAAGAGAAGAAGGCUGAGGAACUUUCUGUAGCUGGCUUGUCCAUCAUGUCUAAGGGCAAGCUUAGCGGUAAUAAAAAUCUAUGGUGUCGAGAGUUCGAGGAUAGCCUUCUGGAUGACCCAGAGGGGUUCUCUAUUCCGGAGAAUGCAUACGAUUGGACAAGACGCUACAAAGAGCACGCGACCCAAGAACUCGCACUAGGUUUCGAAAAUGGAAAUCUCAUUUCUGUCGACGGGAAAAAGCUCACUCUUAUCCGAGCUAUCGCGCUUCUCGACAAUGAACACAGAUCAGAAGGUUCUGCUGCCAUCAUCAUGGAAGCGCUUCGAUCUCUCGAGAUUGCCACUUUGGAAAGCAAAACUCUAAAAUUGAAGCAACAGCUGGAACAGAAAUGGACUCGGGAAGCUAUUGCGGGUCAUUGGGGAAGCGCGUGUCAUAACAUGUGUGAUGUCGCUAUUGCUGCAUCUUUGAAUGGGGUCGGUGGUACUGUUACUUACGUUAUCGAUUCUAUGCGUUUUUUGCCUUAUGCUAUUAAGGCGCAGAAUCCGAGCUAUGUGAGAGAUCAGGAUCAAUGGGAACGAGCUCAGCAAGGACUUGGUGAGGUUAGAAGUAUGAUGUAG